UUCAUUUUAUUUAGUUGUGCGGUGCCGUGUUGUUAAGACGUCUGACUAAUGAGUGAACGGAACACUAAAUCAAAGAAACAAAAAACUAAGAAAAUCAUUAACACAGAUUAAAUAAUAAUAGAGAUUUUCAUAUUCUUAUAAGGAAAUAAUGUGAGAAGUUAAAGUGAUGCGAUGAUAUAAAUAAAAAUUCAUAAUAAUAAAACAAUAAAGUGAGAACGAAAAAAAGAAGUGAUUUAAUUGAAAAACCGCUAUGAAACAAAAUAAUAAAUGCUCCUACUACCAGAUCACAGGCACACAAACACAUGUUCAAAUCAACUCAUACUCGUACAUACAGUAACUUAAUCAAACGCAUGCAAGAGUUUUAAUAAUUCGGUCGCGCUAACGUAAACGUUUGACGGACGUCGCACUCGUAUCUUGUUUUUAUUUUUUUUAGUAGUAAACGUCGUUGUUAAUAAAAGAAGAAACCGUAAAAACGAGUCAUCAUUAUAAAUUUUUUGUUUUUUUUUGUAAUUCUUUUCGGUUUAAUUUUAUUGUUUAGUUGUUUUUGUGUGAGAUUUUUUUGUUUGUUGGUUGUUUAAAAGUUCGUUCGUUUUAUUUUGUUGGUGUUGUUGUUAUUAUUGUGAUUUUAUUUUAUAUAAACGUGUGUUCAAGUUGUUGUCGUUGUUUUUGUUGCUUUAGUGUCAUUGUGCAUUUAGUAUAGUGGUUUAAUAACAACAACAACAAUAACAAAACUAAACAGCAACGACAACAACAGCAGCAGCAGUAGCAGUAGAAGAAGAAGCAGCAGCAACAAAGCAGAGUGCAAAGUGUCAUUCACGCGACAACAGACCUAUAAAGAAGAAAAACAAAAAAAAAACCUACAAAAAUAAAUAGAAGAAACAGACAGGAAUUAAAAACAACUACAACAAUAACCAAAUUUAUAAUAACAGAUUACUCUUCUUCAAUCUGUCUGUCGCGAAUGAUAUAAAAGUAUUCUUAAAGUGAUAUUCAAAUUUGUUUUGUUGAGCUGUAAUUGCCAUAUGAACAAAAGCUACUAAAAAGGUUUUCUUCUUUUAUUAUUAUCUUCUAUACAACGUAAAUAAACAAUAAACAAAGGAUUUACAUGAUUUUCAUCAAGAAAAAGCAACUACAGAAGGAAGAACUACAACACCAACAAUAUCAACAAUGUCAGUGUACAAAUCCUUACAGCAAUAAUAAACAAAAAGAAAUCUUUCCAAACAGCUGAAGGAGGAAAUAGAACAACCAAAAACAUGCAGAUUAAAAUGGAGUUGGAAGCAACUUAAUAAAAAGCAAUAAACAAAUAAUAACAACAAAAAUUGCAAUAAGAAAGGAAAAUAUGUACACAUUUCAAAACGUAGAACAUUAUUACGAAUAUUGAGAAGUAAAAAAAAGAAAUAAAGAAAAACAACGACAACAUAGGGAGUGGAAAGAGAAAUUUCAUAAUGUUACUGCGACAUAAAAAUAAUAAUCGUAAACAUAACAGCAGCAACAACAAUAACAUUAAGAAUAAAAAUAACAAUAAUAAAUUCAGCGAACAAGAAAUUGAAGAGAAAAUUUCAACAAAAAUAUUUAAUAGGCAACAACAACAGCUGCUGCAACUGAAACAACGAUAGCAUUAGAAAAAUAUUAUUUCCUUCUUCCUCUUCUUUUUUAUUUUAAAUUAAAAACGAACAAACAGAAAGCAUUAAAAACAAAACAGUAUCAAUUUUUUUACGAUUAAAACGAAAUAACAACUUUAAUUGUGAACAAUAAUAACAACAACAAAACAAACAAAAAAUUACAUAAAAAACAUCAACAAAAAAAAAGAAAAGAAACGACUGAACAAAAUUAAAACAUUACUUUUAAAUUUUUUAUUAAAAUUUCAUUCGAAUCCACAAAAACCACGAAACAAUCACAGACGUACAUCCCCAUACAUACGCAAUUACUCACUUUUACAUAGAAAGCAAAAAAUAAAAAAGAGAAAAAACACAUUGACUCAUUCAUUUACUAACUCAAUCACAGCCAAACAUACAUUUUAACAUUUACAACAAGCAAAAAAAAUUAGCCAAAUUUGAUAUUAAAAGUGUCGGGUUGUUCGUUCGUUCGCUCAUUCAUUCACUACGUUAUAAGUGACGUAUACCACCAUAGUCCACUCCAGUUCAUAGACAUGCAACUGAUUUUCAUCAAACGUACAUAUUUAUCAUAGAGUAUAUAGCAACAACGACAGCAACCACACAACAACUAACGCUAAAUGUUUGAGCAAGCAACAAAUGAGAAACGUGGUGAUUUCUACCAGCAUAAAACGAUAAAUUAACAACAAUUAAAAUUAGACGGACAGCUAAAACCAGCAGUAAAGAACAACAAUAAUAAAAUUAAAAUCCCGAACAAAAAAAGUUUGAAAAAUCAUUUUUCUAGGAAUUUCAUUUAAUUGUCCAUGGAUGUAUGUGUGGGUUAAACUGGACAUGCGAUAACAACACCAGUAACAAACACGAUGAUGAAAAUUGCUGCAACAGACAAGAAGCAGAAGAGGAGGACGAUACAUUAGUAGUAAUAACAGCAUCAGCACUCCUACCAAAACAAGCAACAAUAACAACGAUAAUAACAGCAGGAAUCUACACCCUAUAAAACCUUAAGAUUAAACCACAAUUUUAACAACAACAACAACAAGAAACACCAACACAUUCUGUCUGUGUGUGCCUGCAUGUGUAUAGUUUAAAUUUGCAUGCGAGUGAGCUUAAAUGUUUGUGAGUGUAUGGCAGAGAGAGCGAGUAAUCGUAAAGUAAACAACCCAACAUCCUCAUCGUCAUCAGCAACAGAAACUAUCAUCUACUGAAGCAAUAUCAAGCCAGUCAUUUUGUCUGUCAACCAAGCAACAAACCAGCCAACCAGUCAGCCGGCCAGUCAACCAAACAACCAUUCAGCAAAAGUAGUCGUCGUACAUAUUCAACAACAUCAUUUUGACACCAACAAUUAUUCAUUGUUUGUUUGUAUGUGCGGGUGUGUAGACAAGGAGAAAAAAGUUUGAUACGCUUCAUAAACAAUUACACACACAAACACACUCAAACUCAAACUAACAUACAACCCACCCACUCAGUCACAUUCACGCAGUUAUACGCAUACAGACAAACAACAAACAAACACACGCACUCACGAACGCACUCCUACAGCCACUAGAAUACACUCACUCAACAAUUUCAUCAUUAACAUCGCACAACGAAUAAGGAAAUCGACAACUACAACUAUUACAACAACAACAAGUGUAAUAAUAAACAUUUAUUUCAUUUUGUUUUUCCGUCUGUCUGUCUUUCUGUCUGCCUGCUGCUUUACACUUUCGCCCCAUCUCUUGCUGAUUAUUGCGACUUUAUUAUCGCCACCAUCAACAACUACGGCAACAACAACAAACGAACUUUUAACUCGCCUACGAUACACGGAAUUUCCAACGCGCCCUCAUCGUGGCCGUCAUCAUCAUCGUCGUCCUCGUCGUCGUCAUCAUCACCAACAACUACAACUACAAUAACAACAUUGUUUCGUUAAGGCUUAAAUGAAUUUAUUUUGUUGCUGCUGCUGUAACAUGGCACCAAAUACACGCAUCACACGCAAAUGGGAACUAUUUGCCGGACGUAAUAAAUUUUAUUGUGAUGGCUUGUUAAUGUCUGCUCCUCAUACGGGAGUAUUUUAUUUAACGUGUAUUCUUAUAACGGGCACAAGUGCGUUAUUUUUUGCAUUUGAUUGUCCUUUUUUGGCCACACGUAUCAAUCCCAUUAUACCAAUUGUUGGUGCUAUUUUAUACUUUUUUACCAUGAGUUCCUUGCUACGCACGACCUUCACAGAUCCUGGUGUUAUACCACGUGCCUCAUAUGAUGAGGCCGCCUACAUAGAAAAACAAAUUGAAGUGCCAAAUUCCUUAAAUAGCCCCACAUAUCGACCGCCACCACGUACAAAAGAAGUCCUUGUUAAAGGUCAAACAGUAAAACUGAAAUAUUGUUUCACUUGCAAAAUUUUCAGGCCACCCAGAGCAUCACAUUGUAGUUUAUGUGACAAUUGUGUGGAUCGUUUUGAUCAUCACUGUCCAUGGGUUGGUAAUUGUGUGGGCAAACGUAAUUAUCGCUUCUUUUAUUUGUUUCUAGUCUCUUUGGCAUUUUUAGCCGUAUUCAUAUUUUCAUGCUCUGUGACGCAUUUAGUAUUAUUAAUGAAAACUGAACAGGAAGUAUUUGAAGUUAUAAAAAAGGCACCAUUCACUGUGAUUGUGGUAUUUAUAUGUUUCUUUUCCAUCUGGUCUGUGAUCGGUUUAGCGGGAUUUCAUACAUAUUUAACCACCAGUGAUCAAACAACAAAUGAAGAUCUCAAAGGUUCAUUUUCAUCUAAAGGUGGACAGCGUAAUUUAAAUCCAUAUUCUAGAGGAAAUAUAUGUUUAAAUUGUUGCCAUAUAUUAUGUGGACCCAUGACACCUUCCUUAAUAGAUCGGCGUGGCAUAGCUACGGAUGAAUACAUUUUACAAAUGCAACAACAUUCGAGUCCUCGCCAUCCCCUCAGUGAUGUCAUUAGUGCAACUCAUGUUGGCAGUGGAGCCAUGAUUACCUCUCAGCCUAUUAUAACGGGGGCCGGUGGUGGCAUUAGUAUAGGUGGUUCCGAUUUGAAAUCAAGAUACUAUGAUGAGUCCAAUACCUCAUCAUCGGCCAUGGAUGCUAGUGCUACGGCUGGCGGUGUUUAUAGGCCGCGCAGCUAUGACAAUUUUCAAAAUGGUAAUUCCAAUAGUUUAGCCCAUUUGGUAGAUAAUGAGAUUCCAUUAUCCCAAAUGGAUACACCGACACACCAGCAAUUGCAGGGCAUUAAUCAAUCGCGGCGCUUUAGGCAUCACAAGCACCGACUAGGAGAUGGUAGUUCGGGCGAUGAACUGGAUGACGUAGAGUUGGGAAAUACAAAUACCUUAGCCUUAAGUACGGAAACAUUGGAUGAUGAAGAAGUUGUGGUAGUGGGUACAACCGAGGUCGUGGCUGCUGUAGCUGCCAUAGCGGCUACAAAUAAAGCCCGCGAACGCCAUAAUCUAUCGGAUAGUUAUAAUAAUUUAUUCAAUGGUGAUCUGGAUACAUCACCAUCGAAUAAUACCACUCCAGCUAAUAGUCCGCUAACGGAUAUGCCCUCCCUGUCGGUCAGUGGUUCGAAUUUACUGGCUGCUGCCAUAAUGGGUACACCCAUUACAGAUAAUCUUCCCAAAUCUAUAUCGCAGACGGAGAAUAUGUAUAGCAACAUACCAAAUGUUGCAGCAACAUCUGGUAAUGUUGCCAACAAAGAACAAGACACAUCAAAUCUGCAUGUUUAUUCCAAUUUAAUCGAUGAAAGACCCCAUCCACAUACACAUUCUACCAGCAGCACUAUCAACACACCCACUACUACCAACUCCAACAGCUCUACUUCUUUUGCUGCACCCAGCAGCAAAUCCUCUGCAGCCCAUGCGGGUAUUGUGUCAUCUAUUAGUAGUAAUCCCUUAGACUUGCCUUCCACUUUGCUCUGUGAUGAUCUGGAUUUAGAUGAUCCUGUAACAGCCUCUUUUGUAGCCCAACCAAAAAAUGAUAAGCGUAAAUAUAGCACAAGUCUAGCCUUCAGCUCGAAUGUACCCGAUGUAUUACAAACGCCCAACAAAUCAGCGGCUUUAGCUUCGAAUAACGCAUGUAACAACGCUUCCACUACCGACAAUGUCAAACUGCAAAUGUCUUCGGCCAGCGAUUUAAGUUCGAAUCGCUUGCGCAUUCUACACGACACCACCAUGAUUGACACGGCAUUAGAUUUAGAUAGUUUAGACGAUGCAGCUUUAGCAAAUACAUCGCAAGCUUGUUUAGUUAAAUCACCAUCAUCGCCAACUUCACCACCCAAUAUUGGUUUUAAAGUUUAAAGACGGUGAGUUGUAAUUAAAGAUGAAACAUGUAGAAAGAAUGAUUUAAAAAUAAAAGUAAUUACUUUGUUUUGUGAUGAUGUGAAUUGUGACCACCGCUAAUUGGUAAAUUAUGUAUUUAAAUUUAACAAAAAAAAAAAAUACAAAAAUAUAACAUGAUAAAUUACAAAAUAUUUUGAUUAUGUAUGUAAAAUAGAAAAUAUAUUCAGGAAUUCAUAUUUUUUUUAUUAUUUUUAUUCUUAUUAUAUAGUUUUAUUAAAUAAAUUGUUUUUAAUUUUAUUGCACAUAAUAGUUAGUAUGUAAUUAAUUAAUUAAUAUUUUUAAAUAUUGUAUUAAGGCUAGUUAUAACUAAGAACGCUUUUAAAUUUAGAUCAUUUCAUUUUUUAAUUAAAACCAACAGAGAUUUUUUUAUCUUAAAAUAUGUGUUGUUAUUUAACAGAAAAAUAAUAAUUGUAUAAUUUUAUAUUUGAAAACUUUUCUUAGUUAUUAUUUUUUAAUUUCCUUAAGUCAUAUUAAGUUCCAUUUGAAAUAAAUAACCAGUACACAGUGCGUUUGUUUGUAUAUACAUAUGUAUGUAGUAUAUGGCUUAGAACUGGAAUUCAUUACAAGCUAAGAGGGGUUUUAUACAGGUAUAAAACCGUUCAAAUUAUGUAAAACUAAUAUUGAUAUCUUUGGCAUGCAAUUAAAAUUAAAACUAUUAUAACUAAAAUAAAUUGAUUUAUUAAUCUAAAAUUAUUUCCAAAAGACUUUGUUUUAAAAAAGCACACAAGAUGAGUUAGUUUAGAAGUUUAUUAUUUGAAGAAUUUAAAUCACAGCUUUCAUUAAAUUUAAAUAUUAUCUUAUUAUUAUGUGAAAGUAAAAUCAAUUCGAAAAAAAUUAAAAUUUUUAACUUUUUUCUGUUAUUAAUUGGUGUGUUCAAUAACAAAAAACUAUUACGAAUUAUCACAAAUUGUUUAUAAAUUCUCCAGUUUUUAAUUUUUUUUUUUUUUUGUGAAAAUUUGUAAUAAUUCGUAAUAGUUUUUUGUUAUUGAACAGACCAAAUAUAACCUGCAUAUAUGUAUAUGAGAAAAAUCAAACAAUUUCGAGAAUUUGAUAAAAAAAAAUAUUUUUCAAAAUAAUUUCCGUUAUGACACCAAUGACAUUUCGUAAUUGUAUUCAUAGAACUCUCUUGUAACGAUCAGCGUAUAUUAAAAUAUUUAUUACAUAUUAAAAAUUGGUGGAAUUAAUAGUUGUAUUUGGGUUUAAUGUUAUUUGUACGCUGGAACCAGUAUCCAAUAUUUUCAAAUUUGAAAUAUUAUGUGAAGUAUUUAAGGAUAUUUUUUGAGGGUACAAAGUAUAUUUUGAAUGAUAAAAAAAAACUGAAAAAUAUUAAAAAUCGGUAAAUUUUGGUUUCACUUGUAUUUAACAUAUAAUUUUCCUUCAAGAAGUUUUACCAAAAUUAUUUAUAGAAAUUUCCAAAAUCUAGUGACUCUAAUUUAUGUUGGAUUUAUUCUGUAAUUUAGGAACUGUUAGUACAGAUAUCAAAUUAAUGAAAGCCUAUUUUUUAACUUUAAGAGGAGACUAACAUAUCGGUUUACAGAUAUGUAUUACUUUUUUUUCAUUUCAAAACCCAAAGCCAUCUGAAUUCAGUUUCAACGAUUCCCCAAAAUGUUUGAUUUUCCUCAUAUGUUUAAUUGUUUCUGUUAAUGAAUUUAAUAUUUAGGGAAGAACUAGAUGAGAAGGUGAAAGAAUAAAAUAAUAAAAAAUAGUUGAUCUCUCUCAAGCUGACAAGUCAGUCGUACGUAAAAUGUCAUCCUCCAGCUUUUGCAGGUUCUACCCAUGGCAGAACUAGCAAGGUACAAUUAUUAGAAAGUAUGUUCUCAAUUAUACAUUCCCUAUAACGACAAACAAAAGAAAAUGAAAAAAUAUAAAAAGGAAAUGUUUAAAAAAUUAAAGGAUUUUAAAUUAUUGUUACAAAAAAAUACAAUUUUAAAGAAAAAUUAAAAAAAAUUCAGUUAAAACAUUGCAAAUUUAUAAAAUAUCGCUGUAACAAAUUAAAAAAAAGUUAAGUGAUUAAUUACAUAGUUUGACGUUUUUGGGGUGAACAUUGGAAACUUUCUCUAUUAAUUGUACCUGGUAACUGAUUGUACCAUGGGUUCUACCUAUAUAUUAUAGGCAAGUACUUUAAGUGAGAAUACUAUGUAGAUGUAUUUUGUUAUUGUUACAAUAACCAAACACAUUUAAAAUUUUUAAUGAAAGUACACUCUUCAAAUAAAGAAACUGUAAUUUGUGGUGGGUGAUAACAAAUCGAUACCAAAUUCAUAAAUUGUUCACCACCAUAUGAUGCUCAUUAAAAACAAGCAAUUGUUACCUUCUAUAAUAAAGAUUUUCGUUGACAUUUAGCAUUGAGACAAAAUAGAUGAAUAUUGUUAUAUCAAUAAAUUACUUUUUUAUUGUCAUUAUCUUGGCCUAAGAGUAACGCAAUAGAACUACCUAAUUACUGCUUGAUUUUCUUUUAAUACUAAAGACGUUAAAAAUUAUGAAAUUUUUUAUAGAAACAUGAAUCAAAUGUUAAAUGUUUAAUUACUACAUAUGUAUAUGGGAAAGAAAACACAAUCCCCAUUUUACAUAUAAAAGAAACACACACAAAAAAACGCAAUAAAUUAAACAUUUUUAAUGAAGAAGUUGUUACAAUACAUAGAUAAACAAAAAAAAAACACAAAUCGAUCUUAAACUGUAGUUAAACAAAUGGAAUAAAAUUUAUACUAAUUAAUAAAAUAUAAAAAAUAUGAAAUUGAAGCAAAUAAAAGAAAAUAAUUGAAAAACCAUGUUAACAUUAAACGAUGAGAAUAAUAAAUACAAAUAUAUACGGAAAUUAUUUAGAUUAUAAAUAAUGUAGUUAAACAAUUAAGUCAUUUGUAUAUUUUGUAAUAAAAAAUCGGAUAAAAAAUCUAUAAUUAUUAAACUAUGUAAAAGCAAAUAACAACAGGAUUUUUAUAAAACAAAAUUUAUUUCAUUUUAAUUUGUUUAAAUUAAUUUAACGAUAAAAAACCAUUAAAUAUAUGUAAUUUUUAGUUCAAACAAUUUUUAUACAAACAACAAAAUAAAUAACAAAACAACAUUUUAGGAAUUACAAAAAAAAAAACAACUGAAAUAAAACAAUAACCUAAUAAUAAAGUUAUAAAUAAUAAUAAUAACAAAACACAAAAGGACGUAUGCAAUUAAAAUGAAACAAAUUAAAGUAAAAAUAAUAUUUAUUGUAAAAAAGGAUUAAAAAUAUACAAACAAUAAUACAAAUAUAUAAAGUGUGUAUGAACUGUAAAGUGCAUAUGCAUAUUUAACAACAACAAAAACGAAAUAAACAAAAUACAACACAAAUAAAUCAUGCAAUAAAACUGGCAAAACAAGUUUUGCUAAAUUAACAAUUUAAAUACAUUUCAUUAUAAAUUAUUGAGAAAAUGACAGACGUUAUAAAUAUUUUAAAAAAUAAAUUAUGAAAAUAAUUAUGUGAAAAUGUUGUGAAUGAAAAAAUAAAAUGAUAAAAAAUGAAAUAAAAUAAAAUAUGUAUACAUGUAUAUGAAGAAAUAUGA